AUGCGUGCAGCCGCCGGAGGUGCCCCGCAGCGGCGUGCGGGGGGUAUCCGCGUCCGUGCCCCACUGGUAGAGUCUGUCUCCUGCUAUUGCAGGGUGGAUGGAGGUCUUAAAACAGUUGUAAGUGCUAGGAAGUUUGUCCCUGGUGCAAAGCUGUGCAUGCAACCUGAUAUCAUACCAAACAAGCGCAAAUCAAGGAGCUCACGCAAGGAGAGGUCUCAAACUCAGUCACCACUGCUGCCUGGGCUUCCUGAUGAACUGGCUAUUUCCUGUCUCAUGCGGGCUGCUCGGGUCGAGCACCCAAAUAUGCGGUUAGUCUGUAAACGGUGGAACCGUCUUUUAUCUGGAAAUUAUUAUUACUCCUUGCGUAAGAAAUUUGGCAUGGCAGAAGAAUGGAUUUACGUCUUCAAAAGGGACCGUGAUCAGAAGCUAUCUUGGUAUGCCUUUGAUCCUGUAAACCAGCUCUGGAAGUCAUUGCCUCCAGUUCCACCAGAGUAUUCUGAAGCUGUUGGAUUUGGUAGUGCUGUUCUCAACGGAUGCUAUCUGUACUUAUUUGGUGGCAAAGAUCCAGUACAUGGGUCUAUGAGGCGUGUUGUAUUUUACAAUGCUCGGAUAAACAAAUGGCUUCGAGCUCCAGAUAUGCUGCAAAAACGGCACUUCUUUGGUUCUUGUGUCAUAAACAACUGUCUUUAUGUUGCUGGUGGGGAGUGUGUAGGGAUACAGAGAACUCUAAGGUCUGCCGAGGUAUAUGAUCCGAACAGGAAUAGAUGGUCUAGCAUUGCUGAAAUGAGCACAGGAAUGGUGCCCUCCAUUGGAGUAGUACAUGAUGGCAAGUGGUUCCUAAAAGGUCUCAAUUCUCAUCGCCAGGUUGUGAGUGAGGUCUAUCUUCCAGCAUCUAAAAUGUGGUCAGACACCGGUAAUGAAAUGAUCAUGGGCUGGCGGAAUCCAAGCAUUUCCCUCGAUGGGCGUCUUUAUUCUGCUGAUUGUCGUGAUGGCUGUAAGCUUCGAGUUUAUAAUAGAGAGAUGGGAUCAUGGACAAGGUUCAUUGACACCAGACACCAUAUGGGAAGCUCACGGUCUCUUGAAGCCGCAGCCUUUGUCUCCCUUAAUGGAAAGAUAUGCAUCAUCCGUAACAAUAUGAGUAUCACUAUUAUUGAUAUAUCAGACCCAACAACAGUAACUGAGGUUGACAGUGCGCGCAUGUGGGAGGCUUUUGCUCGAAAGGGGCAGCACAGGUCUUUCAUGGCAAACCUAUGGUCGACCAUCACAGGUCGUAAUCUGAAGACAGACAUUAUGCAUUGUCAGGUGCUCCAAGUUUGA